AUGAAGUUCGGAAAAACUUUAUUGAAAAAUCACAUACCAGAGUGGUCAAGGCAUUAUAUAAGCUAUAAAGCUUUGAAGAAGUUCAUAAAUAAUGCUGUUAAAACAACUUCGCGAGGGGGAACGACCGUUGACGAUGACUGUGUAGUCGCCUUCUUUUUCACGCUCGAUAGUGAACUAGAGAAGGUCAAUAAUUUUUUUUUAUACAAAUGCGCCGAAAUAGAACGUCGAUUAAGAAUUUUGUCAGAAAAAUAUCGCCCUUCGCUAAAUAGUCCAUCUAUCGAUUUUAACUCGAUCGAUCAUGGAUCUAAUGCGCAUUCCAUCGAUCCAUUUGCGGAUACUGAAUUAUUAUCCGUAUUGUUAGAAACUAAGGAUAAAGUUCACCAACUUUUAUAUUUUGCGGACUUGAAUAUCAAGGGAUUUGGCAAAAUUCUGAAAAAAUUUGAUAAGAAAUUAGGUAGAGAUGCUAAAGGCCUUUAUUUAAAAACAAAGGUCGAUAAACUUCCGUUUGCAACAGGUUCAUUACUUAUUGACAUGUUGGAUUCCACUGAACAUUGGAUUCAAGAAGUUCAACGUCGAGUGACAGAUUAUGAACAAAAUCCUCAUCAUGACGCCAAAUCCACGACAAAAGCUCGCCUUCUACGAAUAAAUUUGACUGAAGAACAGAUCAAAAUACUGUCGGAUAUAGCUGAUGAUUAUGAUAUAAAUGAACGGUCAUUGAUUCAUAAAUUGGUGAUAAAUGGUGGUAAAUUACCAUCAGAUAAUUCAUCAUCUUUAACAUCUUGUUCCCCGAUAAAUAAUGGUAAUAGCUCAGGGGGACAAAUGAUAUAUUCUAUUACUACGUUUCAAGUGCAAAAUUGUCAAAGUCAAGUCGUUUGUGAAGAUAUAAAUUUAAUAUCUUGGAUCUUUGAAAAUAUUCCUCAAGCAGAAUAUUCAAAAGUCUCGUCUACCGACGCAUUUGGUAGAAGACCUUUGCAUUACGCGGCCAUUAAUGGAUUUGAAAAAAUCACUGGGCUGCUUUUGGGAUUUGUAAUUAGAACUGGACAGUUUUCAUUACAACAAGGGUUCAGUGAUCCUUCCUGGUUUGAUAAUGAUGGGUUCACGCCGUUAUUUUAUGCAAUUAUACGAGGACAUACUAAAGUUGUGAACUGUAUAAUUAAGGGGAGCAAUAUGAAGAAUGUUGAUGCCAUUAGUAACGCUGCCGAUCCUUCUCCGUCACUUGGAUCAAUUAACUCUACACCCACCACGAUUAAUCCUGCUGUAAGUCAGUACGCAAUGGCAUCCGCUCAUGUGUCGUCAUAUGUUUUUUCGCAUAAUCGAACACAAACUCCGCUCGCUACUGCUUGUAAAUUUGGCCAUAUCGAAACAGCAAAACUUUUGCUCGAUUUUGGUGCUGAUCCUGAUAUCCAGGAUGAAGAGGGAGAAACUCCGUUACAUUUGGCUGCUCGUAAUGGAUUUGAUGAUUGUGUGAGGUUAUUGGUUGGAUUAGAUGAACAUCAGAAUUCACGUGAAAAUAUUGACACUAAUUUUAAAAAAGCAAAUAUGGAGAUUAAGGAAAAAUUUUAUGGAUGGACACCUUUGUUUUUGGCAGCUGUAGAAGGUCAUACAGAGUGUGUCAAAGUGCUAAUAAAAGCAGGCGCUGAUCCUAAUGUGAUGGACUAUUCCGGUUGGACUCCACAUGUACAUGCGGUUUUCCGGGGACAUUAUGCAGUGAAAAACAUUUUGCGUCCUCUAACUGCGUUUGAAGAACCUAAUCCAUCACCUAUAAUUGCAAAUGUAGAGAUUAAUUCAGAUAUUUCAAAUGUUACUUCAGCUGAAUUUGCAUAUGGUCAUAAAUAUCUACAAGAUCAAUCUUUGAUUCUUGUAACACUUGGAAAUACCGAUACCCGUAAAGAUAAUGUCCCGGUAGAAUUAUAUAAUACAUCUAUUUCCAUGAUGCCACCGACGUUAAUUUCACUUGUAGUUUCUGCCAAGAAUGCCACCGGAGAACCAGCUAUUAUGGAUCUUCCAGUUAAUAAAACAGUCAUUGAUCCAAUCAUGUUUUAUUCAUCUAAUAUAGAUGAAGUUAUUUUGACAUUUGAUGUUGUACCCGCUUUUGGAACAAAAAAGCAAUCAAUCGGACGUGCUUGUGCAUUACUUUCAUCCGUGAAAACUACUUCAGGUUUGCAACAUAGUUCUUUAAUGGGUUAUGUGACUGUUCCGAUUCUUGGUAUGGGCACAUUGGAAGUUAUUGGACGGGUGAUUUUUGAGUUUUUAAUAGUCAGGCCGUUCAAAAACGAGAACCUUGCUGUUGGUAAUAAGCAUACAUAUCGGAGGUCGUUUUCUACCAAAGUUAUCGGACAUCGUGGAUUUGGUAUGAAUAGGGCAGGAACUCCAAGUUUACAAAUAGGAGAAAAUACUCUUAUUAGUUUUAUAACGGCAGCAUCACUUGGAGCAGAGUAUGUUGAAUUUGGCAAGUACACUAUUUUUAUGAUUUAUUAUUCCAAAGACGUUCAACUUACGAAGGAUGGGGUCCCCGUCAUUUAUCAUGACUGGACCAUCACAGAAACUGGCUAUGAUAUUCCAAUUCAUGCCAUUACCCUUGAACAGUUUCUGAAUUUAAAAAAGCAAAAAACUGUUAAUAGUCAAAAAUCUGAAGAACGUUUAGUUAAUCAUCGUAGGGAAUUUCCUUUUAAUGCUAGUAAUAUUAAUCAACAAAACAAUAAAAAGUUGAAAAGGUCUAAUAGCGUUGGAUCUGUAACUUCUUUAACACAUCCCGAACCUAUGGGGAAAUUGAAGGGAAAUAGUAAUGGUUCGAUUCAAGGUCCGUUUACAACCUUGGUCGAAACGUUUAAGAAAGUGCCGAUUCAUAUCGGGUUUAAUAUCGAAGUUAAAUAUCCAAUGAUAGAUGAAGCGGAGGCUGACGAUUUACCAUCAUAUCACACAGAGUUAAACUUUUUCGUGGACACAAUUCUUCAAUGUGUCUAUGACAACGCUCAAGACCGUAAUAUUAUAUUUUCGUCUUUUCAUCCUGAUAUAUGUUUAAUGUUGGCUUUUAAACAGCCAAAUUAUCCGGUAUUCUUCUUAUCGGAUUGUGGAGAGACAACCCUUGCAGAUGCGAGGUGCAACUCUAUUCAAGCAGCAAUAAGAUUUGCAAAAAAUGCGGAUUUGUUAGGCAUAGUAUCUAAUAGUGCCCCUAUUAUUGAAGCACCAAAGUUAAUUGCGACAAUUAAGGAAGCAGGAUUAUUACUGUUUACUUAUGGUACAAUGAACAAUGAGGUGGAGAAUGUACAAUUGCAGCGAAAAGCCGGUGUAGAUGCUGUUAUUGUGGAUUCUGUAUUGGCUAUAAGAAAAGGACUUCAACAAAGUCAAUCUUAA